ACAGCUGUUCAUGUCUGCCACUGCCUGGGUGAUAUGGUUGUGCGCAUGCGUAAGGUACUCGGGCCAUAUCGCCGAGUUGAUACGUGUGCUACAGUGCUGAAAUUGGAAUUGUUUGAUUUUAUGCUUGAUAUAGAUAAGGACGUUGUCAGAGGGGGCUCCUUAAAACGUGUUCAGUGUUUUGCUGUCGUUCGUACGGCAGUACAUGUGCAUGGUGCCCAUUUGGUCAGGAUAUACGUGUUACCCCACGGAGGGUUGACAAGUUUAAAUUUAAGAGUUCAUAGCAUUAUUGUAUGAGACUGAGUAUGAUCUGAAGAGUUAUCCAGUUCGUAGGGACCAGUUAUUCGUCGGCCUCGACGAAUAACUCCCUGCUAUAGAUUCACAAUAAUUCAUACAUUAGAAACAAACUUAUAUUCUUACUUCGAGCGAUGUAAAGUUACCUCUUCAUUGGCUUGUUGCUUGGCAAAUUACGGAUUUAAAGGGAUUGUUUACUCCAGCCGAUGUUGCUCAAAAAUCACUUGCAUACGUUGAGUUAUAUUUUUACUGUUUAUCGCCAUGUUUUUAGGUAUUAGUUCUGCUAUCUUCUUCGCAAAAUGUGUGAAAUUGUCCGCUAUGUUCUCUAGCACUACGUAAACCAAGACAGCCGCGCAAGCGCAACUUCAUCACAGAUCUUCUAGGUUUCUGUGCCUUUUUCUGCAGUGACCCUGUAGCAUUGAUGUCAUUUUAUCAGAUAUUGCAAACGUCUUCAUAAAUUAAGUCAACGUUGGCUGGUUGUGAGGAGUCAGUCGGGGGAUUUGCGCCAGUCAGAAACAGAAUAUUUUUGUUAAAUUAAUAGUUACACCUAUUGUCUGUGUUGUACUUUCUUAAGCUAUGAUAUGAAAAGCUUGACAGCGGAACCAAACAAACACUACAAGGCUGCCGCUGGGGGGCAACUGGCAUUUGCUCCGGGAGAGAUUUACAAGGAAGUUAAAAUUGGUAUCAUUAACAUGGAUAACAGCUUUGAAGGCAACAAAACAUUUCAAGUCAUUUUCUCAAGUUCUCAGAGGUCCGUGACGAUGAAAGGACCGCAGCAGGUCAAUGUAACUAUUAUGUACACUAAAGGUAAGGGAAAAUUCCUUCAUAUAUACCUGUUUUUGUGUGUGUGUGUGUGUGUGUGUGUGUGUGUGUGUGGUUUUUUUUUUUAAACCUGGCUACUAAAAAAUGUCAGUCUCCCUCCCAGUGAUUGUUAAUUUAAUGGCCCUUUUUACUGGAAAAGCAAAAUCUUACCAGCAUAAAAAUAUUGUAGGCACCAUGCAUGCUUGCAAAGCUUUCUUCAUUAGGCUGCAAAAAAUAGGACAUUUUAAGGAUUUGUUUCAUUUUCAGCGUCACCGAUUGUAAAGCCAUUUCCCCAAUUU